AUGCCGUCUCUCUUUCCUGUAGUUAACAAGGCCCGGAAGCCCAAGUUCGAGCUCCACCUGACCAUCUACGACCUCAACAACGUUCCGCUCGUCAACGGCGUUUCGCAGAUAAAAUGGCACCUCCCCCACUCCAUGCACGGCGAACACCGCGGGCGGACCGAGAAGCUUCCCAUCGACAGCACCAAUCACCGCGUCACCUACAACUAUAGCAAGGUCGUGCCCAUGCGCAUAUCCAUCGACCGGAACAACAACCUGACCGAGUGCCCCAUCGAGUUCGAGGUCGCCCAAGAGUUCCCCGUCGGGGCCGGCGGCCGGGACGAGAAGAUCACGCUUGGUGUCGUCAAGUUGAAUCUCAGCGAGUAUGUCGAGGAGAGCGAGAGCUACCCCCGGAGGAGUACCGGAAGCAGGACUGGUGGCAGCUUGGAUCACGCCCGCGAGAAGAUACUUGGGCCAGCCUUGCAAGGCCACCGGCGGAUGGGCAGCACGAACAAUCACGGUACCGCCAGCCCGGGGAGCUCCGGACUAUCCGACCACAGGAUCGCCGAAGAGGAUACGGCUGAGGAGGGAAUUGUGCGGCGCUAUCUCAUGCAGGAGAGCAAAAUCAACAGCACUCUCAAGCUGGGCAUCCUGAUGGUCCAGAUCGACGGAGACAGGAACUAUGUCGCACCGCCCUUGAAGACGGCCCCCAUGUUUGGCGGCAUAGCCGGCAUCAUGGCCGGAGAGACCGUUGAGCCCGUCGACGAAUCAGCCGGUGCCGGGACGACACCUAACCUUACCAGCCAGAACAAGUCCCGGGACGCCAGCGAGCUGCAGGAUAUGUACCGCCGCGCGCUGGCGGCGAGUUGGUCUUGUCAGCCCGGCGAAAUGCCCGCCGACGAGUGUAUCGAGGACAUUUUUGCUGGCGGCGACGGGUGGAAGGACUCGAAUCCCAAGACCGCCACCAUGGAGCGACGGCGCGAGAGCCGCCGCGGCCGUCGCACCGAAGACACGACGAGCCCCUCGGGCAGCGACGAGGGCCGGGGAGGAGACACGCUGCGGCCCUCGGACGCCCGCAAGGUGCGCUCGCUCCUCAACCACGCCCGCCAGCUCAGCGGCUCGUCGGACAAGUCCCUCGUCACCGUCAAGGGCCGCCCGGGGUCCAGCGACCACUCCACCCACCCUUCCAACAGCCAGCGCCGAUCGCACAACCGCCAGCCUAGCCGGGACAACCCCUUUGCCGAAGGCGGCCGCAGCCGGAGCGGAAGUCUGGCGAGCCUCGUCCCUACCCUGGGCAGUCUGGGAAGCGGCAGUGCCAGCGGGCACGACGGCCUGUACAGCGCGCGGCGACACCACAAGGAGGUCCACGAAUCGGAGGUUAGAGACGACCUGAUCAGCUGGUCUCUGCCGGGAACUGCUGUGUCCUGA